CCUUCUAUUUGUUUCUUUCUCGGAUUUAAUUUUCCCUUCAAACAAGCAGAUAUUUUCCCUUCCUUUCCGCCGAUUAUCCAAACUUCAUCAAGUUUUCCGCGGGAUUUUUUUCUGGACUCUGCUUCAAAUGGCGGUUUCAGUAUCUGUUUUGACGAUUGCUUCCUUGGAUUGGGGUAGCUCUAAUCGUUUAGCGGCACCGUCUAAGUUGUCUCCGGCGACUUCUCUGCAAUUUCCUCCACGCACUCGUAAAUUUAGAUUUGGAAACACUGGGGUGUACUUUCCUUCGCAGCCUCGAGUUCUUCCUCUGGUAAAAGCCAAGAAGCAGUCAUUUUCCUCUUUUGAUGAUUUGCUGGCUAAUUCUGACAAACCUGUAUUGGUUGACUUCUAUGCAACCUGGUGUGGUCCUUGUCAAUUUAUGGGUCCCGUUCUCAAUGAAGUAGGUACUUUGCUGCAAGAUAAGAUCCAGGUGGUGAAGAUAGACACUGAGAAGUACCCUAGCAUUGCUGAUAAAUUCAGAAUCGAAGCAUUGCCUACUUUCAUCCUAUUUAGGGAUGGAGAACCUUAUGAUCGCUUUGAGGGUGCUUUAACUGCAGAUCAGCUCGUCCAACGAAUCGAAGGCUCUCUGAAAGUUAAGCAAUAGUUCAGAAAAGAAAUAAAGCUUUUACAUUGGGAAACAGGAUUUCAUAAACGAAGAUUGCACAGGAGAUUCCUAUCCUUCUUUAGGCGCUUCCUUUCCAAUUUCUUUGCAACUGAUGUUGUACUGAAAAAUAUAUUGAGUUUCUGCCAUGCUACCCUUGAUAAUGUUAAGGAAAGGUCAAACAAACUUUGGCAGUAGAUCAUUCCGACUGUAAUGGAUCUGCACAAAAGUUGUAUCUGUAUCUAAAUUUUGAUGAGGAAGAAAUAAAUUUCUCUUGUUGAUUCCA